AUGCCAAAGAUUGUCACAUCUUCUAUUGUCUCAUCUUCAGAUCAUUCUGCACAAGCUGAAGAUCAACGCCACACUCUCCACGUUUACUACUGCCUGUGUUCCGAGUUUCUUUUGGUAAUUGAUGUUGAUUUGCGACAAUUGCCAAGAAGACGGACAGACAAUGCCAUCAUUGUAUCAAAUACGCGACGUACAUACAAACUCACAGCUGAGGCAGACGACUGUGUGAUAUUAAAAAGACGUGAUGGAUUCGAGAAACAGUACAGAUAUCGUUGCCCGAGAUGUGAUUUAUUGGUGGCCUAUGAAAUGGUAGAUAGACGCAAGUCGGGCCCGUACACUUAUAUUGUAGACUGUGCGUUAACAGAAGUACAAGGAAGAGCACCACCGCAUGCUAUCCAAGACGUUCCUUCUCCUUGA